AUGCCGUUCGAGUUGGACCGGAAAAUCUGUCCUCAAUGUCUCCGAUCAUUCGAGCGUCGUGACAGCUUACUUCGCCACAUGCGUGUUCACAAUGAGCACCGGAUCCUGAAAAGAAGGAAGAGAACAGCUUGUCUGAGCUGCAGCAAAUCCAAAAUCAAGUGCACUGGCGAGCAGCCAUCUUGCAGAUCCUGCUCCAAACGUCAGAUCCCUUGUGUCUAUGGAGCCAACAACGGCCCUCCUUUUGCAGCGCAACAAAAACUAGACGCCAGCGAGGACUCGUUGAUUGGAUCUGAGCAGCAAAGACCACAGGCGCAUGUUCCAUCUGCCCAGCCUGUUAUUGUGCAGCCCUCUCGCGAGUCGCUGGAUCGCCAAAAUGAGUCACUCCCAGACGCCAGCCUUGUACUUGACGAUGUGCUGGUGGCAAAGUCGGUUGAUAACGCGCUUCCUACUGAUAAUGUGAUGGCCAGCAUGCCUGGGGUAUUUGAGAGUGGCUUUGGCAAUCUCUUCGACGCCACUGAUUUCCACUCCAACCUCGAUUGGCUGUUCGAGACUAUGUCCGGCGACGACUCCGCCGGAGUGGCAGAUUUUUACAUGCCCAACGACGUUGUCAACAAUUUCAACCAGACGCAGGUACCAGAUGACAGGUCUCCGGCUUCACCAAGCUCACAAGAACCACAUCAAAAUGACAACGAGACGUUGAACGAUAGGACAAGUCCAUCCGAGGGAGAUCAGGCCAUUCCCGAUCUCCCAUCUAUUCCCCACUGCGAGGACAGCUGUGGACCGGAUGAUCCGUGGCCGAUGGAGUAUCAUGCUGUACACUCACAACGAUCCCUGGAGCUGCCAGAACUAGGUGCCGAUGGCGAAGAGACUAGCCAAUUCUUCUCGCACUUCUUUUCGAGCUGGGCGUUACAACCCUCCACCGUCGAUGCGUUGACGCACUACAUGCAACUGCCAACUCAACGGAGUCCUUGGCAGGCAGUUUGGCCGCUUAUCCACCAGCCGAGUUUUGAUCCAGACCAAGACCCGACCGUCACGCUGGCUGUCGCCAGCGUUGGUGCCCUCUACAGCCCGUGGUCAGCGGCAAAGGCGUUUUCAAACGCAAUGUCCGAAAUCAAUCGCCGCCUGCUUCUCUUUCUUGCGGAAUACGACUGUCGAUAUACAAGGACAGAAUCCUAUCUCACGGCACAACUGUUGCAGGGACUGCAUGGGUAUUGCAGUGGUAACAAGCGUCUCUUCGAGCUAAGCGAAUCCUUCCGCAACAAUUUAAUUCACCAUGCAAAGUGUAUGGGACUCUUCCGUCAGCGGCCCGACAACGAUCCUGGGGGAACCCUCGGUCGGUCGGCGGAAGAAAGAUGGAGUGAUUGGAUCCAUCAGGAAAGACUGUGCCGUCUAGGCUGGGCAGUAUACAAAUAUGAUGCUUCGGUAGCAUACCUGCACAACAACCGGCCCUUCCUCAGCAUUGGGGAUAUGCACUUGGAUCUGCCCUGUGAAGCGGAUCUAUGGAAAGCAGAAUCCGCUCAUUGCUGGUUAUCAAUGCUACCCCCGUCGCAAAUGGUUCCGAAAUCACCACGACUGCGCCCGCUUAUGCGGACGUUGUUCGACAAGACACCCAAGCCAACCGCCAAGAUCAGGGAAGAGGAGCACCGAUACACCCUAGUCUUGACGCUCGUGCGGAUGAUUUGGACUUGUAAGGAGAUCAAGUCGUCCCCGGUCACCGAUUUAAUUGAGGACGGGCCCACCUACUACGUGCAACCGCUGCUGGAUGCCAUUGACGGCUUCACCCAAUCCGCUCGGAGACUCGCGUCGCGCCUGACAACCACGGAGCUCGCACGAGCCAUGCACACACAGCAGGUCAUCCAUGUCGCGCAUCUCUACGGGGCUGGGGGCCUAAUGACUUGGCUCUACCCGCUUCUUCGAGGCGGAAACGAAGCAACCUUGGCCCUGGCGCAGUUGGACCACUGGGCCACCGAAUCACCGGACGUCGUGAGGGACGCGGCGUAUCACGCUGCCCAGAUCCUCUCCCUUGCAAGGGCAUAUCCCAGCAACUCUCCCAACGAGUCCUUUCUCAUUUUUCAGGCAGGUACCGCGCUCUUCUACCUGGGGAAGCUGCUCGUCGAGCACGACUACGCCGCGGGUGGGCUCGAGACGCCGAGAAUAGUCAGGCUUGAUUAUAUCGAGCGGGAUGAGGAUGACGACGAGUUGGUCAGGACAAAGACCUGGUUGCGAACCGGCCAGGCUCACCAGAUCAGCUUGCAGGGCAUCCCGUCACUGUCUUGCGACGAAGGCCGGCGCAAGGUACUCGACGAGACAGUCGUGCUCUUGAGACGCCGACAUACCUCGGGGAUUUCUGAGAGUUUCGUCAAGGUUGUGCUGAGGUUGCGCGAUACUUUAAGACCCUGA